AUGCACCCCCCACGGUGGAUCGCAGCCUGGGUGCUCCUGCUCCACGGCUGUGCCGCAGACCGGCCACCACAGGCUGCCUCCGCCACGACUGACAUCCGGGACUGCUCCAUGGACCCACCGUACCUGCCCCCUACGGCUGUCAACACAACGGCACGGCUCGCCGCUCUGCGGGAUAUCAUGCGAGCCCACAGAGUCUAUGCUUACAUCGUGCCCUCCACGGAUGCCCACAUGAGCGAGUACAUCGCCGAGCGGGAUUCCCGGCUGGGCUGGCUGACUGGCUUCACUGGCUCUGCGGGCACCAGUGUGGUGACACAGGACAAGGCUGCCCUAUGGACUGACAGCCGUUACUGGACCCAGGCAGAGCGGCAGCUGGACUGCAACUGGGAGCUGCAGAGGACAACCUGGAUUGAAUCCAUUGGGCUGUGGAUCCUGAAGGCGGUUCCUGUCGGGGGAAACAUCAGCUUGGACCCCUUCCUCUUCUCCAUUGACACAUGGAACAGCUACAGCCAGGCUCUUCACGGCUCUGGCAGGACCCUGCUCCCCAUCGAGAAUAACCUUGUGGAUCAAGUGUGGGGUGACCAGAGACCCCCUCCAGCCUCCAGUGAGAUCUACACCCUCCCAGCAGCAUUCACAGGGAGCAGCUGGCAGGAGAAGGUGGCUGGGAUCCGGCAGCAGAUGGAGCAGCACGUUCGACGCCCCACGGCUGUGCUGCUGUCAGGGCUGGAGGAGACGGCCUGGCUCUUCAAUCUCCGUGGACAUGACAUCCCCUACAAUCCUGUCUUCUACUCCUACACCCUGCUGACCAACACCAGCAUAAGCCUGUUCGUGGACGAGCUGCGGCUGUCAGCGGCGGCACGUCAGUCCCUGCGGGCUGGCUGCCCCGGGCCGCUGUGCGUGGAGCUGCAGGAGUACGGGCAGACACGUACCUACCUCCACCGCUACGCCCAGGGCAACGUCACCAUCUGGCUGGGCACCAAGUACACCACCUAUGGCCUCUAUGGGGUCAUCCCCCAGGAGAAGCGGCUGGAGGACAGCUACUCCCCUGUCAUGCUGGCCAAGGCUGUGAAAAACCCCAAGGAGCAGGAGCUGCUGCGAGCUGCUCACGUUCGGGACGCGGUGGCUGUCAUCCAGUACCUGCUGUGGCUGGAGAAGAUGGUCCCUCAGGGGCAGGUGGACGAGUUUUUGGGAGCACAGCACAUCGACACACUCCGCCAGGCCCAGGAGCACAACCGCGGGCCCAGCUUCCAGUCCAUCUCCGCUAGUGGGCUCAACGCGGCACUGGCUCACUAUAGCCCCUCCAACGGGAGCAGCCGGAAGCUGUCUGUGGACGAGAUGUACCUUCUGGACACCGGAGGGCAAUAUCUGGACGGGACAACAGACAUCACACGGACUGUGCACUGGGGUGUGCCAACCCCGUUCCAGAAGGAAGCCUACACGCGUGUGCUGAUGGGCAACAUUGACCUGUCCCGCCUUGUCUUCCCACCCAACACGGCAGGGAGAACGGUGGAAUCUUUUGCCCGUCGGGCACUCUGGGACGUGGGACUCAACUACGGCCACGGGACCGGCCACGGCAUCGGCAACUUCCUCUCAGUCCACGAGUGGCCCGUGGGCUUCCAGUCCAACAAUGUGCCACUGGCAGCCGGCAUGUUCACCUCCAUCGAGCCUGGGUACUACCGCGACGGCGAAUUUGGGAUCCGCAUUGAGGACGUCGCUCUCGUGGUGAAUGCACAGACUAAGCACCAGAGCAGAGAAGAGCCCUUCCUGACCUUCGAGGUGGUGUCCCUGGUACCCUACGACCGCAACCUCAUCAACCUCAGCCUCCUGUCACCAGAGCAGAUCCGGUACCUGAACACCUACUACGAGACCAUCCGGGCGCGUGUGGGGCCAGAGCUGCAGCGACAGCGGCUGGAGGAGGAGUACCUCUGGCUGCAGAGGAAUACUGAGCCCUUCCCGCUGGGCAGUGCCGCCACCACCACCACCGCCACCACCAUCCUGGGCACCCUCAUCUCCCUCCUCGCCGUGCUGCUCACCGGGCUGCAGGCCUGA